UCCGCGUGGCACAGCCAAACACAUGGCGACCACAGUAAACAUGCAUUAAAAAAUCGGUAAAACUGAACCUGAAGAAUGGGUAUGCAUGGCUUUACCAAAACUCAUUCCAAAUCCAAUCUAAUCUUUGAACCCAAAAAACUUUUACAGGGAAGUCUUGUUCUAUGCAAUAUAGAUAUGGCACAAACCAAAGAGAAGAGGGCGAGUUCCAAUCUUGAAAGCUGUGAUGCUUAUUUUGAGACCAUACAAUCCAGGAAAAAGUUACCAUUAUCAUUGCAGGACACUUUAACUACUGCUUUCGCAAGGAUUCCUGUCUCAUCAUUCCCACUAGUGCCCAGGGGCAAAGUCAUUGAAAUUCUGGCAGAUACUUCUGUUGCUGAUGCUGUCAAGAUUUUAUCUGAAUGCAACAUUACGGCUGCUCCUGUGAAAAAUUCAGAAGCAGGGACUAGUUCUGAUUGGAGAGACAAAUACCUUGGUAUGAUAGAUUACUCCGCAAUUAUUCUCUGGGUGUUAGAGAGUGCAGAGCUUGCAGCUGUUGCUUUAUCCGCCAGUAGAGCAACAGCUGCUGGUGUGGGUGCUGGAGCUGUUGGUGCUCUUGGAGCAGUAGCACUGGGCAUCACGGGUCCAGCUGCAAUUGCUGGGUUAACUGCAGCAGCAGUUGGGGCUGCUGUUGUUGGUGGAGUGGCUGCAGAUAAGGGGAUGGGGAAAGAUGCUCCUACAGCUGCCAGCAACUUGGGCAAGGAUUUCUACAAAGUUAUCCUACAAGAAGAACCCUUCAAGUCAACCACUGUGAGAUCGGUACUUAAAUCGUACCGCUGGGCUCCUUUCCUUGCAGUUGCAACAGAUAGUUCGAUGUUGAGUGUUUUGCUUUUACUCUGGAAAUACAGGCUGCGGAAUGUACCUGUGGUUGAACCUGGAAAGACUGAUGUUCAGAACUUCAUUACCCAAUCUGCUAUUGUUCAGGGUCUAGAAGGAUGCAAGGGAAGGGAUUGGUUUGACUGUAUUGCUGCACGACCUAUCUCAGAUUUCGGACUACCUUUCAUGUCUGCUAAUGAGGUUAUUAGCAUCCGAAGCAAUGAAUUGAUUCUUGAAGCUUUCAAGCGAAUGAGAGAUAACCAUAUUGGUGGUCUUCCAGUUGUAGAGGGGGCCAAUAAGAGGAUAGUUUGGAAUUUAAGCAAAAGGGAUAUAAGGCACUUGCUGCUCAAACCUGAACUUUUCAACAAUUUCAGGCAGCUCACAGUUACUGAUUUCAUGGUAACUUUCAGCAAGACCCAUGAAAUCGGCAGAGGCAUUCCACCAAUAACAUGCAAACCAGAUGCUAGUCUUGGAAGUGUGAUCCACAGUCUUGCUUGGAAUUCAGUUCACAGGAUUUAUGUGGUGGCUGGCAAUGAAAAUGAGGUUGUUGGUGUGAUUACACUAAGAGAUGUUAUCUCUUGUUUCAUAUACGAGCCCGCUGACCAUUCAGACAACUACUUUGGGUUUUCGACAAAAGAAAUGUUGAACAAUUAAAGAAACUUAUCUGGGGCAAAACAUCUCUAAUAAUAACUUCAGGAGAUGCAAGGUCAAGAGAUUAUAAAUAAAGAAUGGAGCUGAAGUUGUUUUAUCUGUUGUUUGUUUUUUUUCUUAUCACUACUGCUACUGCCUAAUUAAUUCUACCUUUCUGCA